CACCCCUACAAUCCAGUAGUUUGUUAUAGAAAAAACACACACAAUAUAAUUCAUCUUUCUCCUCUGUCAAAACCCAACAACAACAUAUAGACAUACUCUUCUUCGUAUAUAGAUAUACUCUUCUUCAACACAUACAGAUUGAUCAUCAUUACAUACAUAAAUACAACCCACUCUCUAUAUAUACAUAAAACCCCUCUUUUAAUUCCGAAAUUGAACAAGAAUCAAGAUGGGCGGGCCUAUGCAGUGCGUGUUGGUGACAGGCGGUGCCGGUUAUAUCGGGAGUCAUACUGUGCUGCAGCUGUUGUUACAAGGUUAUAAGACGGUCGUUGUUGACAAUUUUGAUAAUUCUUCUCAUGUUGCUAUUAAUCGUGUUCAGACCCUCGCCGGUCAUUAUGCCCACAAUCUCUCUUUUCACAAGAUGGACAUUCGUGAUAAGCCUGCGUUAGAGGAGCUUUUUGCGUCUACCAAGUUUGAUGCUGUGAUUCAUUUUUCGGGUUUGAAAGCUGUUGGUGAAAGUGUCAAGAAGCCCUUGAUGUAUUACAACAACAAUAUCAUCGGUACUUUAACUCUGUUGGAAGUUAUGAAUGCCUACGGAUGCAAAAAUCUUGUGUUUUCAUCAUCAGCUACUGUUUAUGGUUGGCCAAAGGAGGUGCCCUGCACCGAAGAGUUCCCAUUAUCUGCAGCCAACCCAUAUGGACGAACCAAGCUGAUGAUUGAGGAAAUAUGUCGGGAUCUCUAUGCUUCGGAUAAUAAAUGGAAGAUUAUUUUGUUGAGGUACUUCAACCCUGUUGGUGCACACCCUAGUGGUGAUAUCGGUGAGGAUCCUCGUGGGAUUCCAAAUAAUCUCAUGCCCUUUGUCCAGCAAGUAGCCGUUGGUAGGCUACCUGUGCUUAAAGUUUUUGGGACCGACUACUCAACCAAAGAUGGAACAGGGGUACGUGAUUACAUCCAUGUUGUAGAUUUAGCGGAUGGACACACUGCUGCAUUGAGAAAACUUUCUGACCCUAAAAUAGGCUGUGAAGUCUACAACUUGGGAACUGGUAAAGGCACGUCUGUUUUGGAGAUGGUAGCAGCAUUUGAAAAGGCAUCAGGAAAGGAAAUCCCUCUUGUAAUGGCUGGCCGUCGACCCGGUGAUGCAGAGGUGGUAUAUGCAUCAACAGAGAAGGCAGAACGCGAGCUAAACUGGAAGGCAAAGUAUGGAAUAGAGGAGAUGUGUAGAGAUCAGUGGAACUGGGCCAGCAAGAACCCUUAUGGUUAUUUAACCAAAGAGGAAGCCAAAGAAAAGUAAAACUUGCCGGCUUAUUCUUAUAUAUUGGUCUUAAGUAGGAAGCUGAUGAAUCGUGCACCAUGAGAACGCUUAUGAAUAUUAUUAAAUUUAGUGUUACGAGUGAUGUUUUCCUAGUUUCUUACGCUCUGUAAUUACUAUUUCUUUCUUUUCUUUUUUUUAUCCUUUUCCGGUUUUUCUUUAUAGAAAGUAAGAUAGCCUGGUUAAAUUGGAACUGUAGUUAGUCUCUUAUCGUACAAAUAGAUCGGUUGCUUGUAUAUGAAACUAUGGUACUUGUGUAGCAGUGGAUAGGGAUGGUAAAGUUUCUUUUAUUCAUUAAUUAAAAUUAUUUUAGUAAA